GCGGGGCGCGGCUCCGCAGCUGGAUGGCCCGGCCCGCCCGGAGCUCCGCCGCUGCCGCUGCCGCACGCACGUGGCAUGCCUGGAUGUCCCUUCCCUGGCUGUGGCAUGGCCAGCCAAAGGCUGCUCUUCCUCACCACGCUUGCCCUGCAGCUGCUGGGAAGGGCGGAAGGCACCCAGCCAGCUCUCCAGAACUGGGGGUCCGCAGCAGCCUGUCGCCUGGACAGCAAGGACAGCGAGUCCUGGGGGGCCUUGCUGAGCAGCGACAGGCUGGACACCUGGGUCUGCUCCCUCCUCGGCUCCCUCAUCGUGGGGCUCACGGGUGUAUUCCCGCUGCUUGUCAUUCCCUUGGAGAUGGGAACCAUGCUACGCUCAGAAGCUGGGGCCCAGCGCCUGAAGCAGCUGCUCAGCUUCGCCUUGGGGGGCCUGCUAGGCAACGUGUUCCUGCACUUGCUGCCGGAGGCCUGGGGCUACACUUGCAGCGCCAGACCUGGAGGUGAGGGCCAAAGCCUGCAGCAGCAGCAGCAGCUGGGGCUCUGGGUCAUUGCCGGCCUCCUGACCUUCCUGGCGCUGGAGAAGCUGUUCCUGGACAGCAAGGAGGAGGAGUCCAGGCAGGCGUCCAGCAAAGACUCCACUGCUGCCAUGCUCAAUGGUGGCCACCGUCUCACCCUGGUGGCAGCCCAACCUGGCCUGAAUGCCGCAGUCCGGAACCUCAAAGUCAGUGGCUAUCUCAACCUGCUGGCCAACACUGUAGACAACUUCACCCACGGGCUGGCUGUGGCUGCCAGCUUCCUUGUGAGCAAGAAGAUGGGGCUCCUGACCACCGUGGCCAUCGUCCUGCACGAGAUCCCACAUGAGGUGGGUGACUUUGCCAUCCUGCUCCGGGCUGGCUUCGACCGCUGGAGCGCCGCCAAGCUGCAGCUGUCCACAGCGCUGGGGGGCCUGCUGGGCGCCUGCUUCGCCAUCUGUACGCAGUCCCCCAAGGGCGUAGAGGAGACGGUGGCCUGGGUCCUGCCCUUCACCUCCGGUGGCUUCCUCUACAUUGCCCUGGUGAACGUGCUACCUGACCUCUUGGAGGAAGAUGACCUGUGGCUGUCCCUGCAGCAGGUGCUUCUGCUCGGCGCCGGCGUCCUGGUAAUGGUGCUGCUCUCUGUCUACAUUGAGUGACCUGCCCGCCGCUGCCCACUCCGCGCAGCAGUAAGAUUUGGACUGGCCAGUGAGCUUGCGUGUGCCUGCGAGCGUGUGCGUGUACGCAUGUGCAAACUGUGGCUGCGGUGCAAGACCAACACUGUGAUGCUGCCUGCGCUCCCUGCUGCUGGUUUUCUCGUGCCUGCCCGGGGAGCAGUGAGAAGUGGUAGCGCUGGUCCCUACAGAACCCAGAACCCAAGAGAGUGGAUGGCUUGAGCCUAGGGGACCCGAGAUGAGCAGCCUUCUGCAGUGUAUCCCUCUAGCCACACCCUGCCCGGGCAGCCCACGACAGAGGCUGAGGCAGGCGCUUUCCCCCAGGUCCACCUUCCCAGCCCACCUUGCGCCAGCUCUCCAGCCAAAGAAAAGGGCAGGCUGGUGCCCAAGUUCCUGCCCCCUUGCCAGCGCCGACAGCACCAUGGCUCUUGCCACCUGGAGCUGCCACAUAGGCACGCAGGCCCCUCCCGCCAGCUCAGGGAGGCGCUCCCGUGGGCACAGGGCCUGCAGAUGGCUGGGUGGGACCGCCCCUGCCGUCAGCACUCAGGAAUGUGCUCCUGUGCUCUGAAGCCAUAAUCCCAGCGCUUCCAGCGGCUGCUGCCGAGUGGGUCUGGGAGGCCCUAGGGUGCUCGGCUGUGGGCCACGUGCAUCUGUUAAUACCUGUCUUGUGGACAGCAUAGAAUAAAGAUGCGUAGACCAAAACCCGCAGCCAGGUCCGUCUUGCGGUGCCUGUAUUAGCGACCAUGGAUAAGAAGCUUGGCGACAGGCACCCUAAAGGAUCCCCAUGAGCAAGGGUUUUCUUUUUUGGUCUUUUUGGAGCCAGGAUCUCCCUUUGCAGUUCAGGCUGGCCUUGAACUCAGUGAUCCUCCUACCCCAGCCUCCUGAAUGCUGGGAUUACAGCCCUGUUUACUGAUGAACCUGAAAAGCCAGAGCUUUUCAGGCCGGAAAGCUGAAAAGGUAUCAGGGUGUCAGGCUGGAUCUUGCUCAAAGCUUUUUCAG